AUGAAGCCGUUGAUGUGCGCAGCUCUUCCCAGCCUAGGUCUUUUUACUCGAUCACCAUGGCUGAACAGACGGCCAAAUCGUUCUUGAAACAACCCACUGUCUUCCUUAACAAGAAGAAGGGUACCUCGAAAGGCAGAUCCAAAUCUCUGCGUUACACUCGCGAGGUUGGACUUGGAUUCAAAACCCCAAGAGAAGCCAUCGAAGGCACUUAUAUCGAUAAGAAAUGCCCCUUCACUGGUGAUGUAUCCAUCAGAGGUAGAAUUCUGACUGGAACCGUCAUAAAAAAUAAGAUGCAGAGGACCAUUGUGGUUCGUCGUGAUUACUUGCACUACAUUCGCAAGUAUAACAGAUUCGAAAAGAGGCACAGAAAUAUGUCUGUACAUUUGUCACCAGCCUUCAGAGAUGUUGAGAUCGGUGAUGUUGUUACUAUUGGAGAGUGCAGACCACUCAGCAAAACUGUGCGCUUCAAUGUGCUUAAAGUGUCAAAAGGCAGUGGCACAAAGAAGAGCUUCAAAAAGUUCUAAAUAAAUUAAUUUUUACAAAUUAAAA